UUUGGAUGAUGACGUAACGAUUCGAGUGAACCCCACCAGUGAAGUAUUAUAAUUUUGCUGCGGGGACCAAGGCGAUGUUUCGAAGCCUUCGCGUUAAUACUCCAUCGCGGAUGAUAGUCAGUCUACGUUUCAUCGCAGACGAGAUAUCGAGAUGAAGUUGAUCAUCGCAGGAGUUUUAGCGGCGCUCUGCAUCGCGACGUCCGCUUUCGGGACCCACGAACACGACAAGGUUGUUUGUUACUGGAACGCAACCUCAUUCGAACGAGAAGGUCCUGCCAAAUUCCAGAUCGACGACAUCCGCCCGGCUUUCUCACUCUGCACUCACAUAGUCUAUGCGUCCGCCCGGAUUAACGCGGAAACACAAGAGGUCGUUUCUGGCAAUCCGCAUCUCGACACCGGAGCUGGUUAUGCCUUCUACAGACUCAUCAAUCAGAUGAAGAGGAUCCCCGACGGGCCAAAGGUCCUCAUCAGCAUCGGUGGAAACGACGACCCCUACGAAGAGACCCACAAGUACCUCACUCUGACCGAAACCAACGAGGCCCGAGCAAAGUUCGUCAACUCCAUCGAACGGCUUUUGAACGAUUACGAAUUCGACGGUGUCGAUCUAGCCUGGCAGUUCCCCGAAGUGAAGGUCAAGAAAAACCGCGGUGCCAUCGGAAGCUUUUUCCACGGGGUGAAGAACUUAUUCGGUUACGGGAAAUUCAAGGACACAAAGGAGGUUGAACACCGCGACGGUUUCACCAUUCUCGUUCGUGAUUUGAAAAACCGACUCAGAACGCGAGGCAAGCUGCUCACUCUCACCGUACUUCCUCACGUCAACUCCAGUGUCUACUACGACGUUAGGUCUCUCAUUCCUAAUCUGGACGCCGUUCACCUCUUCGCUUUCGACCAGAAGACGCCGACGCGUAACCCUAAAGAAGCGGAUUAUCCAGCUCCGAUUUACGGAAGUUUCGGACGUGUCGCCGACGACAACGUCGACGCCAGUGUCAGAUACUGGUUGGAACACGGCGCUCCAGGACCGAAGGUAGUGGUCGGUAUUCCGGCAUUCGCUCGCACCUGGAAGUUAACAGCCGACAGUCAAAUCUCCGGAGUCCCACCGAUCGACGUCGACGGCCCGGGACUCGAGGGCCCGCACACCCAAACACCGGGGCUUUUGUCCUACACCGAAGUCUGCACCCGUCUCACGGAAUCCGCCGUCGGUCGUCUGAGGCGCGUCAACGAUCCCUCGAAGAAGUACGGAAGCUACGGUUACCAAGCGUACAACGAACAGACCGGGGCUGACGGCAUCUGGGUCGGAUUCGAAGACCCCGAUACCGCAGGAAACAAGGCGACCUACGCCAAGUCGAAGGGACUCGGAGGUGUCGCCGUUUACGACCUUUCCCUCGAUGAUUUCCGGGGUAUCUGCUCGGGAGAUAAGUUCCCCAUUGUCAGGGGAGCCAAGCUCAAGUUGUAAAUUUCAUUCCGAAUCAGAAAGCGAAGCAGAUUUUAUCAUCACACUUUUACAUUGAAGAGGCGUUGUAUCGAUUGUACAGUUUCUUACCGUGCGUACGAUUCGUUAUUAUAAAUAGUUUUUGUUCCUUUAUUUUGCUUAAAUAUCGACCAGGAAGUUAUACGCUGUGUAUUUUAUUCGUUUACUUAUCAUCCUGCGCAGGCGUUUGUAAAAUGUAUAGAUAUUAGAAUAAUGAUCGUAUGUGACAAUAAAAUAAAAUCAAAUGGAAACUAA